AAAAAUGAUAUACUGGAACAUCAACAGAAAAAGAAGAAAAGUUCGAUCGCCGGAAGAAGAAAGUGUGAUAAUAACCUGGGAUCAACCAGUCCCUACUGAACAAGUAUACAUAGCCCUGAGUAAACCAGAUAAAUUAAGUCGAAUUCCAUCAUUGGGAACUUUAAGUAACCCCUCCUCCUGGUUGUUAUUGUUGUUGUUGUUGUUGUUUGUUCCACCCCACCUUUUCUCUGAGCUUCUCUCUCGCCAGCCAAAUAUACCCCUCCUUCUAUAUUUUCCUACUAUACCGCCCACGAACCCCUCUCUUUCCCCUGUUUCCCUAAAAGCUUCUCAUUUUGAAUCCCCUUUCUCUCACAAUAUACCCCCUCCCCCACCCAAUUCUCAUCAUCACAACCACCCAACAUGUCGAACGGAAAGACUUUCACGCUGAGCAAUGGCGUUAAGAUCCCCGGUGUCGGUUUCGGUACCUUCGCCAGCGAGGGCUCCAAGGGUGAGACCUACCGGGCUGUCAUGACCGCUCUCGAGACCGGAUACCGUCACUUGGACUGUGCCUGGUUCUACCUCAACGAGGAUGAGGUCGGUGAGGGUAUCCGUGACUUCCUCAAGAAGAACCCCUCGGUCAAGCGUGAGGACAUCUUCGUCUGCACCAAGGUCUGGAACCACCUCCACCGUUACGAGGACGUCAUCUGGUCUGUUGAGAACUCCCUGAAGAGACUCCAACUGGACUACAUUGAUCUCUUCCUUGUCCACUGGCCCAUUGCUUCCGAGAAGGAGGACCAGGAGCACCCCAAGAUUGGCGCUGACGGCAAGUACGUCAUCCUCAAGGAUCUCACGGAGAACCCCGAGCCCACAUGGCGCGCCAUGGAGAAGAUCUAUGAGGACGGCAAGGCCAAGUCCAUCGGUGUCUCCAACUGGACCAUUCCUGAUCUUGAGAAGAUGUUCAAGUUCGCCAAGGUCAAGCCUCAUGUCAACCAGAUAGAGGUCCACCCCUUCCUGCCCAACAACGAGUUGGUCCAGUUCUGCUUCAAGAACGACAUCCUCCCUGAGGCCUACUCGCCUCUGGGCUCUCAGAACCAGGUGCCCACCACAGGCGAGCGGGUCAGCGAGAACAAGACCCUCAACGAGAUCGCCGAGAAGGGCGGCAACACCCUGGCCCAGGUGCUCAUUGCCUGGGGUCUGCGUCGCGGCUACGUUGUGCUCCCCAAGAGCUCCAACCCCAAACGUAUCGAGUCCAACUUCAAGAGCAUCGACCUGACUGACGAGGACUUCGAGGCCGUCAACAAGGUUGCCGAGGGCCGUCACUUCCGCUUCGUCAACAUGAAGGAUACCUUCGGUUACGACGUGUGGCCUGAGGAGACCGCCAAGAACCUGUCUGCUUAAACGAAACAGGGUCUGGAUGGGACAAUGGACUUCUUUUCUUUAUGCGGGACAUAAACAAUUGG